UUGGCCUGGAUCGUGCAUCUUGUCAGAAGCGACAUUGCUAUUGGAUUCGGAUUCGGACCGUGGGCUACCAUGCAGCAUCAUGGGAUCUUAAGCCAAAGGGUCAAGUUUUGAACGGACUUUUCAUGAAUCGGGGUACUGCUGAUGUUUUCUUUUUUCGUCCCUUGAAUCGCGUGAUGACGGGGACUUUCUACUCACCCCGAUUCUCCCAUGUUGACAGGCAAGAAGAAAAGUCGCCGUGCCAUGUGGUGGAGCUCCACUGAUGAAGACACUACUGAUCGGACCUCUUUGCGGCGGUUCUGUUUCUAACAUAUCCUUGCGAUUGUCAAACUUGCGAUACGCUCGGCCUGCUCUCUGUAUCUCUUUCAGGUCUCAGCGGAACUGUCCUAUCGUCCUAUGAAUCUACUCUCUAUGACGCACAGUAGAUCGAUGUCUCAACGCCUUGACAAAACGAAUUGUGACAGGAAUGAAAGGUCUACAGCCGCCUGUCAAGGGGAUCUAUCACGCAGAGCCCAGGUCAAGGUAUGUUCCAUCUCUCGCUAUGCUUUCUCUUUCCCCGUCGCUGGUCCUCUAUGACGCAGGAGUGACGGUACAAAUUGUGAACACUAUGGUAUAUAAGGGUGAGCUGCGAGUCAGUUUUCCUCACCAGCCGCCUCCAAGCAGCAUCUGUCCGAGAAAACAUGUUCGCCCUUCGCCACUUCACUUCUCUCUUGCUCCUCGUCUCCACCGCGUUCGUGGCUGCCAGCCCCACUCCCCUCCCUGAGGCCGGUGCGGUCGCUGUGGUCGAGGAGCGUAACUCCGGCGUCGAUGUCGUCGGAAUCAUCGUCACCCUCCAGGCUUCGGUUGCUGUCGUGCUGCCCCAAAUCAACACUCUCUGCGCCCAGGGACACGCCACGGACCUCACUGUUGGCCCGCUCAUCGUUGAGUUGGAAGCCGCAAUCGAAAUCGCCGUAGUCGCUCUCGGCACCGUUUCGCUUUCCGGCGUAGGGUCGAAAUCCCAGUGCGCAGGCUUACUUGCGGAAAUCAUCAAGGAUAUCACCUACACCAUCGAAGGAUGCAAGAGCGCGGGCACCGUGCUUACUCUUGGGACCCUCAUCGCUAGUCUGGACCAAUCGCUGAAAGUGCUACUGCUCGGUGUCGAGCUUGUCCUCGGGGGCGUGCUCGUUCUUGUAGGAGGACUAAUUGUUGAUGUUGUCGUGCUGCUGAAAUCCCUUCUGUUCGGUCUGACCUUGGGCUGCCUCGGGCUCUGAUUGGAUAAAUGACUGCAAGAUCAAUGAGAAGUCCGGUAAUCUAAGCCGGGUCGUCUUCUGCUGAACUGUUUACGUAUGAAAUCUUGUUUGCGUAUCUUUGUAAUGAACUCAUUCUCCUAUCGUCACAACUUC